AUGACCCAAACCACAUCUGUAAUGGAAUCUGAAGAAGCUUUAAAAUAUUACUUUGACGAAGUAAAGGAUACUCAAAAUGACAUAAAUAAUAUUGAAGAAGAUAUACACAUACCAAACGAAGCUGAACAAGCUACCGAUUUCCUUCAAAAUGCGGGUUUGAACGAUUUAAGUAAACUCUAUCAGGAGGGUAAGGAGAUAACUGAAAAUGUGAUCAGAGAUUCAGUUAGACAAAGGAAUUUGACCGAAAAACAGGCCGAGACGAUAAGAUCUCGGGUACGAACCCUAAAUAAAACUCUGAGAAGUCGACAGCCGAGGAGAAAACAAAGACAGGAUAUCAGAGACGUAUCGUGGAAUGUUGAGACUUCAAGUACAGGGACUCGUUCUCGUUCUGCUACACCUGAUUCCCUAGAUUCUCUUGAUGCUCUAAAUGAUGAACUUACUUCGGAUGAAGAUCAGCAAUUAAAUUCACUGAAUCCCUUUUCAUUAGAUAUUCAACAACCUGGCGUUAAAACGAAAAUAAAAUGGACAAAUAGCGAACCGUGGCAGCACAGAAAAUACAGAGGUGAUAGAGGCGAUGUCGCUCAUUCGGGCUCAGAAAAUGUAAUACUGAAAGGUUACCAAGUUCUUACUGAAAAUGGAACGUUACCCAAGCAACCCAGAGAACGAAGUGGAAGCGAUCCGACUACCGAAAUUCAUUUGCAACCUUUGAAAAAUCGCAACUCUGACGAAAUAGCUAGGACUAAAUCGUCAAAUCUUCACAACCAAUUGUCACGAAGUCACACUAGUAUUUCUCCGAAAAAUAAAUCGAGUAAAAUCUACAUUUCUAAUGCCGAAAAUAGCGAAAGUGAAGGCGUCAGUUUUGAAGGUAUUUUGAAAGAAAACAAAAACGAUGAUAAGAUUAUCAGUGAGAAGUGCGGUAAUGAUGGUGUAUGCAUUGACCAAUUAAGUGAUGGCGAAUACCAGUAUUUGAAACCUCUUUUAUAUAUGGAAAUAGUAGCAAUUUUUGAUCAAUACAAAAUUGUGAAGAGCUACCUAAAAAGAAAACCCAGUAAAAAUAAAGGAGGAAACGUAUUUGGGGUAAACCUUUCUACCCUAGUGAUGCGUGAUAUGCCUAGACCAACAGAUAAUUCGAUGGUCCCUGAAAUAUUUCAGACUGUAAUCAACGAACUGAAUACGAGAUGUAUCAAAGAAGAUGGAAUACUUCGUAUUGCCGGUCAAAAGCAGAAACUUGAAAUGAUUUACAACGAAAUAGAAACCAAAUUUUAUAAUAAUAGGAAAGAAGUGGACAACCUGCUUACCAACGCCACCGUACACGAAUUAACUGGUGUGUUAAAAAAACUACUAAGAGAUUUGCCUGAACCGAUUUUUACCAUGGAGUUAUUCGAAAUGUUUUAUAAAACCAGCUUAAUUACAAACAUCGACGAUAAAGUGAAAGCUUUAAACUUAUUGGUACUAAUGUUACCGAUAGAACACAGGAAUACCUAUCGAUUACUAUUAGAAUUUUUUUUGAAUGUUGUGAACAACGAAAAAUUCAAUCGAAUGAAUCUUCAUAACGUGGCUAUGAUUACAGCACCUUCAUUAUUUCCUCCAAGACUGCUAUUACCUAAGGAUAACAAUAAGUUAAUAUUAAAACAUUUAUCGAAAGAAGAUUUAACGAAACAAAUCAAAGAUGCUGCAGUUUGUUGCUGUAUAGUGGAAACUAUGUUAAAGGCUGGUGAUAAACUGUGGUCGGUGCCAGAUUACUUAGCGGAACAAGCGCGCGAAGCUCAAAAGAACGCCCAAAUCCGAAGAGACUUGAGCAAAGAUAAAGACAAACGAAUUCGGUCUGGUAAAACGAAACUGGUGAGAAGCAGUACUCAGUACGAAUCUGGUAACAAAAAUGCAUCGAGAAUGAAGCGAGACUUCCUUAUUUAG